AUGUUAGAAGAAGGAGUGACACUCCACCUUGAUCGACAACGCAGACUCGACCCCGCUUUGAGAAAGGAAGAGCUCAUAGUGGGGCAGAAAGAUCUACUCUUCCAAUGUCAACUCAAACUGAUACCCAGGAGGCGGAAUUCAAAAUGGGCGGACCCUCGUACCAUCAUGAGUGGGGACUCCGAUGAAGAAGCGGAGGGAGGCGCGCAACCCGCCGCCGCUCCGGCCGAAAAAGCAGAGUCCGUGCCGCCACCACAUGCAGAGGGCACAUCUGCUCAAAAUGCCCCGUCACCACCAAGUGACGGGAGUUCUACUUCCCCCCUCCAAGGGCCGUCACAACCGAUCGAGGUUGUGACCAUAGACAACAACUCCACUGAGGACCUUCAGCCGCCUCCCAGCGACAUCCUACUGCAGCCAAGGGAGGCUGACUGGGUUUUCCACCAAGCGGUGGAGAAUGAGCCAGAUGAGAAGGAAAAGCAGCCACUUCGCCGCCGGACGCGCCAGAGGAACAUGGCGCGGAUUAUAGAGGAGGUAGAGGCCAGGGUGGCCGAUAAGCCAGGGAGAGAGGAGGAGCCGGAGCAGAGGCUCCGCAUAAUGCGGCGGCUGAUGGAUGAGCCAGAGGAGGCGAACCAAGGGACUGGGGAGGCCGCAGAAGAGAGAGAAGUUGGUAAGGCCGGUGAGGAGAGGGAGGGUGUUGAGGACAGCCAUGAUAGGGAAGAGAGGGAAAGGAAAAGGAAGGGGAAGAGUGUUCUUCCUCCUCCGAAGAGGAUGCGCCCCGCAACCUGGGGCAUUGUUAUUACUAACGCUACCCAACAUGCCCCUCCACGCGAAGGAGAUGAGGGAAAAGAUACCAAGAAGUAG